UCGGAGACGGAGAGGCUGGUUGGGAGUCGACCGAGACCUGAGAACUGCCAGCCAGUGUUGGAAGCUCUCAGUCGGGGAACGAUGACCGCUGGCGCUCUCCUGCUACUGUUGAACGCCGCAGCACUCGGAGGAGCUUCCUCGCCGUACAACUUGGUUCUGAUCAACGACAGUCCCAUCACCACGGGUGCUCAGGGCUUGGUGGAGGCCAGGCUGGUGUCCAGAGCUGGGGGUUUCCUCUCUCCCAACUCCCUCGCCUUCCACUGGGACUUACGGAGACCCCUGUCCGUCGUGCGCCGCUCGGAAGGAGCGCUGAGCUGCUCCCUCACCGUCCGCAGCCGGAGCCCGGGGGUCUACAAGCUCCGUGCCUGGGUGAGCCGGGCGGACUGCUGGGGGUGUCCGCCGCUCGCACACGGUUCCACCACUCUGCAUGUGACAGACUCUGUAAUGGGGACUCUUUCAUUGACGCAACUGAACGAAAGUGUCACUUCUUCAACCAAUGGAUACGAACUGGCCACAAAAACCCCAACAAAAAUUUCAUUCCUCCUUUACGAUCCCAGCGGAUACUUCAACACCUCCUUGUUCCACUACAGCUGGCACUUUGGAGAUGGGGAGAAAACAAUCACAAAUGAUUCAUACACAUUCCAUGUCUACCCGAAAGCAGGCAUUUACCAGGCUCAUGUUGACGUCUUCGUGUUCCUCAGCCACUCCCGGAGAAAGACUGGGGUCUUUGGUGUCACACUGAGCCUUCUAGAUUCAAUCAAAUCCAUCGAGGUCAAGAGUACAGACAACCUGCAUGCUAGUGGUAUCCAUGAUCUCCACCUGCAUGUUAAUGGCAGUCCACCACUCAAGAUCUGCUGGCUGCUCUCUCAGAACUGUAUCCCUGUGGUCGGCCACAAGUGUCGCCCAGUACAACUGGACAGGUCACAGGACUACAACCUGAGCUGCACCCUGGGUCCGCCAGAACCGUACACCUUAAACGUGCGGGCCGAGAACAGUGUGAGCGCUCUUCAGACCUGCUAUAGGAUAACUUCGUGGAAAAGUGGUAUUCACCCGGUGUGGUUCAUCAUUCCCAGUGUUACCCUGUUCACUGUCGUGCUGCUUUUCAUUCUGUCGACCACUAUGAGGAGCCGCAGAUCCCUGAAGGAUUUGGUUGAGGUCGCCGAUUUUGACUUCUCUACGGUUGGAGAGAAAUUGGUGCAGGAAAGGCGAACUUUGUCUGGGAAGUCCUUUCCCUCCUGUUGCAGUUCAGGUCUGUCCCUGGGGAGCAAGUCUCACAGCCAUAGCGCAAGAGAGGCCCACUCCCUCCUGAAGUUCAGCUGCACCCUGCCCCAGGACUACCACACCUGGGAACGUCACUCUGUUGCUCCCGGGACUGAUCGUCCCCCCGGAUACAACAACAACGUUCAUUUACACAGCUCCUCCAGCAAUGCAGUGUCAAAGCCAGACGGUUUCCGGGCAUCACAGUGGCGCAGUGCGUAGUGUCGCUGCCUCACAGUUCCAGAGAGCCGGGUUCGAUCCCGACCUCGGCCGCUGUCUGUAAGGAGUUUGUACGUUCUCCCUGUGUCUGCGUGGGUUUCCCCCGGGUGCUCCGGUUUCCUCCCACAUUCCAAAGAUGUACGAGUUGGUAAGCCGCUAUAAAUUGCCCCUUAGUGUGUGGGUGAGUGGUAAAUCUAUUGUUGUCAUGGGCACACAUACCCAGGGUAUAAAUGCCAUGAAAAUUAGAUUUUUGCAGCAGCAGCACUGUACGUUACAGGAUGAGGACAAACACAAGUUAAUGUAAACUUAAAUUAAUGUAAAUUUUACAUAAAUUACACAUG